UUACGAUUUUACCAGUUCAAAAACAUAUAAAUAGGCUAUUUUUAUUUCACUUUACUCUAUCCUUGAAACAGUAUUGCAAGGAGAGAAAAAUCAAAAUAAAGAUGAAGGCUGCAGCAUUUUUUAUUUUUGGAGUUCUUUACGUGGUUAACCACAUCAACGCGGAAGGUUUUUACAACAUCGCUCAUAUGACAAACAAUAAACCAGCUGUUAAAUGGGCAAUGGAAAACGGUGCCAAUGCUGUGGAAGUUGAUCUGCAAUUUAAAACUGAUGGAACACCGUACGAAUUCUUUCAUGUGAAUCCAUGCGACUGUUCGUGUAUGUGUGCCGAAGGCGGUUGCAACAUUGCUUUCCCGAACAGUGUUUGCGCUCAACUUGAAAAGACAUCGACUCGUCCAUGUGAUGCAAAAACUGAAGUGAAAGAACUGCUACGAUAUAUCGCUGGACAAAGAAAAAUGGUCAUGGUCAUGAUUGAUAGCAAGCUUACAGAUCAAAGCAAAAAUAUGAACGCUGCAACACAAAGACGUGCUGCCAGGGAGGUUCUUCGUUUGUUGGAUUCAGAGCUCUUCGGUAGAGGUUUCCGAGGAGAGGUGAUCGUUGGUGCUCCAGGAUUUGACUCCAUGCCAUACAUCACAGAAAUUUCUAAAACAAAUUCAAGACAUCGCAGUAAGAUCCAUUUCACUAUUGACAUGGAAACAUUAGCUGACACCAAAAAUAAAUUGAAUACCUUGAGCAACAAGAAUGUUGUCUACAACAAAGGCUUGACGGCUUGUUCACCUACUUCCCCUGUCACCAAAUACCAAUCACGAAUUGCAGCAAUGAACAAACAUGCAGGUGUUUUUGGUAUGACCUAUACCUGGUCCGUAGAUCGCAGCGAUACCUUGGAAUGGUAUUCAAAUUACUUCAACGGUAUCAUCACCAAUUAUCCUGGCUCACUUGCUAAAAUUGUUAAGGACAAAAACAUCAGAUUGGCAACUCAUUCUGACAAGAUUCCUGCUGCGACAUCAAGCACACCGCUUACCAACACCGACAACUACGAAUCUUGCAACUGCGAUUACUACUCUGGUGGUUGCAAAAUUGAAAAAGCAGCACCAAGAGGGUAUGCGUGUCAAUGCACAUACGAAGGUGCUUGGACAUGUCAUGGCUGGGUGGUUUUGUGCAGUGAUAAAGACAGCAGCAAAUGCCGCAAUCCAGACAAAUCGAUUGAGUCGUGUCGAGAAGGACGUGGAGACUGUGGAGCUUACUAAAAUUUGGAUGAACAUAUUUUUCUAAAAGGGAUUGAUUGUUUUAUUAUCUGCUACCCUUAGAGAAACUUGAAUAGCUGUUUGUUUUUGUUUUUGUUUUUACUUAUUGUAGCAUCACCUUAAACAGGCGAAUAAAUGUUUAAGUUUGAAAUAUGGCUAUUUCAAUUUCUAGCAAAUUAAGUCAUCAUAUUUAUAUAUAAUUAAACCAAUGCCUACCUUUCUUCAGCUGGACCAAACAAUUAUUUAUUUUUUUGACUCAUAACAUUUACUUUGUAAUACAUUGACGUUGAUCAUGGCAGGAAUAAUAAAUUAACACAAAAAUUUGA